UGUUGGUGGUUGCCUUGGUGUCCACCUCUCGAUCGGGCGCUGGUCUGAACGAACGAGACGUAAGCGUAGAUUGUUUAGCGCCUCAUAUGAUUCCGAUCAAGCCGCCUUGCAGCAGAACAAGUCCAGAGCGAAAGUAAAGCAGCCAAGUUGUACUCUGCAAUCUAGGUACGAGUAGUAUGAUCCGGCGGCUGCUCCUGCUGCUCUGCCAGCUCGCCCUCGCCGGCGCAGCGUCGGGUUCCAAGGUAGUGACCAGACUCCCCGGGUUCCAUGGGCGUCUCCCCUUCCACCUCGAGACCGGGUACGUGGAGGUGGACGAGGACAGCGGCACCGAGCUGUUCUACUACUUUGUCGAGUCGGAGGCCGGCGGCGAGAAUGUCCCUUUCCUCCUCUGGCUCACCGGCGGCGACCAUUGCUCCGUACUCAGCGGCCUUGCGUUCGAGAUCGGUCCAUUCAAGUUCGUCGUAGAGCCUUACAAUGGCACCAUACCGAGCCUGGAAAUCAAUCCGAACUCAUGGACCAAGGUGGCACAUAUCCUCUUCGUUGAUUCGCCGACCGGGGCAGGAUUUUCCUUUUCCAAACAACCCAAAGGUUACCAUGUUGGGGAUUUAUCUAGCUCACUGCAGCUCCAUGAGUUCCUUAUCAAGUGGAUUAGGGACCAUCCCAAGUUUCUAUCAAGUCCUCUCUACAUUGGGGGAGACUCGUAUGCUGGAAAAAUUGUACCAUUCAUCGCACAGAAGAUUUCCCAAGGUAAUGAAGUUGGAAGGAGACCCCUUCUUAAUCUCAAGGGCUAUCUAGUAGGUAACCCGAAAACGGGUGAAAGGAUCGACGAAAGCUCCAAAGUGCCUUUCGCUCACGGAUUUGGUAUAAUAUCAGAUCAAUUAUAUGAGACGAUAUUGGGGCAUUGCCAAGGACAGGACUACAAGAAUCCUACAAACGUGAUGUGUGCCAAAGCUCUGGGUACUUUCCAUAGUCUGCUCUCCGAAGUUAUGUUGCCCCAGAUUUUGUGGUACAAAUGCGUUUAUUCAUCUGCGGGACCGAACCCGGAGACGGACGACUCGGCUGGUGCUGGCAGGAAGAUCUUAAGCGAGGUAGCAGCUGAAAUCAAAAUGGGGAAACGGCUAAAACAUCCGCCAGUUCGUCCUCCGCUUGACUGUAUUGACUACGCCCACUACCUGUCGUAUUUCUGGGCGAACGACGAGCGCACCCGGGACGCCCUCGGCGUCAAGAACGGCACCGUGGAUGAGUGGGUGAGGUGCCAAGACGGCGGCGUCCCGUACACCAAGGACCUCGCGAGCAGCAUCAAGUAUCACCAGAACGUUACGGCCAACGGUUACCGCGCGCUUGUGUACAGCGGCGACCACGAUUCGGUGGUGCCGCACCUGGGGACGCAGGCGUGGGUGAGGUCGCUCGGCUUCCCCAUCGUCGACGACUGGAGGGCCUGGCAUCUCCAUGGCCAGUCUGCCGGGUUCACCAUAACUUACACUAACAACAUGACAUUCGCAACCGUAAAGGGUGGUGGUCACACGGCGCCUGAGUACGAGCCUGAGAGGUGCUUCGCCAUGUUCAGCCGUUGGAUACUGAAUCAACCACUCUAGUCUAUUGUAUUCUUUCCAUUGGGAAAAACUGCGCAUGUAGGUUCUCAUAAAAUAAACCUGCACAUGCAGGAUGUGUUGAUGCAAGAUGUGAGUUUGUGACUUUGUGUUCGACUCAUCUCCCCAAUGCGCGGGUAGAAUAUCUGAUUCUUUUUGUCGGAAGCUGGUUUCUGCAGGUUUUGGCAAGAGACAUACGGUCCUAGAUGUGUAUGUUGCCCUACGUUCAGUCGUUUGAUAAGGCAUGUAGCUGCCAUUUUGCAGUCUUC